AGGCGGCGGCGGCGUCGUCGGGUUCCGAGGAGGAGCCGGGGGGGGGAAGCAGGGGGGCGGCGGCGGAAGGGAGCGGUGGCGCUCUUUCGGCCCCGCGCGGGGCUGCUGCCUCCGCCGCCGCCACUUCCCGCCUGCCCGGGUGCACGAUCGGCUCCCGGAACCUCGGUGUCUCGGCCGGGCUCCCGGUCGCGGCGCGACUUCUCGCGGUUCCCCCGGAGCGGCGGCGCGCAGAGCUCCCCUCCUGCGUCGCGGCGGCCGCGGCGAUGAAGCUGAGCCGGCAGUUCACGGUGUUCGGCAGCGCCGUCUUCUGCGUGGUGAUCUUCUCCCUGUACUUGAUGCUGGACCGCGGGCACUUGGACCACCCCAAGAGCCCCCGCCGCGAGGGCACCUUCCCCAAGGGCCAGCUUUCAAUACUGCAAGAAAAAAUAGAUCAUCUAGAACGCUUGCUGGCAGAAAAUAAUGAGAUCAUUUCAAACAUACGAGAUUCCGUGAUCAAUCUAAGUGAAUCGGUAAAGGAUGGUCAGAAAAAUCCAGAGGCAAUAAACUUAAGUGCUUCUGAGCUCUUCUCUUCUGCUUCAGUUUUUCUUGCAGUUGAUUCUGAGGAUUGUUUGUUUGCCUCAAAAAGUGGAAGUCAUGGUUCAGAUGUACAGAUGUUGGAUGUCUAUGACCUUCUUCCUUUUGAUAAUCCAGAUGGUGGCGUGUGGAAGCAAGGAUUUGAUAUCACAUACAAUGAAAAUGACUGGGAUAGUGAACCGCUUCAAGUUUUCGUUGUGCCUCACUCACAUAAUGACCCAGGUUGGUUGAAGACUUUUGAUGAUUACUUCAGAGACCAGACACAGCAUAUCUUAAAUAAUAUGGUUAUUAAACUACAAGAAGACAACCGAAGGAAAUUUAUGUGGUCUGAGAUUUCUUACUUUUCAAAAUGGUGGGAUGGAAUAGAUAGCCAAAAAAAGGAUGCUGUUAAAAGGUUAAUAAAAGAUGGACAGUUUGAAAUAGUAACGGGAGGAUGGGUUAUGCCUGAUGAAGCCUCUGCUCAUUAUUUUGCUUUAAUUGACCAACUGAUAGAAGGACAUCAAUGGCUAGAAAAGAACCUUGGAGUAAAACCAAAGUCUGGUUGGGCAGUUGAUCCUUUUGGACAUUCACCAACAAUGGCUUACCUUUUGAAACGCACAGGAUUUUCCAGUAUGCUUAUACAGAGAGUUCAUUAUUCAAUUAAAAAACAUUUUGCAAUGCAGAAGACACUAGAAUUUUUUUGGAGACAGAACUGGGAUUUGGGAUCUGGUACAGAUAUCCUUUGUCAUAUGAUGCCUUUCUAUAGCUAUGAUGUUCCUCAUACUUGUGGUCCAGAUCCAAAAAUUUGCUGCCAGUUUGAUUUCAAACGUCUUCCUGGAGGAAGAGUUAGCUGUCCAUGGAGAGUUCCACCAGAAGCCAUUCAUGCUGGGAAUAUUCAACAUAGGGCUUGGAUGAUUUUAGACCAAUACAGAAAGAAGUCAAAGCUUUUCCGUACUAAAGUUCUGUUGGCUCCACUAGGAGAUGAUUUCCGCUAUGCUGAGAGCUCAGAAUGGGAUCAGCAGUACCAGAAUUAUCAGAAGCUGUUUGAUUAUAUGAAUUCUCACCCUGAGUGGCAUGUUAAGGCCCAGUUUGGAACUUUGUCAGAUUACUUUGAAGCUCUGCGCAAAGAAAGCAAUUUGGAUGAAAAGACCAGCAAUUCAUUUUUCCCUGUUGUAAGUGGAGACUUCUUCACCUAUGCAGACAGAGAUCAUCAUUACUGGAGUGGAUACUUUACAUCGCGUCCCUUCUAUAAACGACUAGAUAGAGUCAUGGAAUCCUACUUACGGGCAGCUGAAAUCCUCUAUUCCAUGGCUUUAGUACAGUCCAGUAAAUCCGAGAAGAUGAGUGUAUUUCCUUCAGUAGAUAACUAUAAAUUGCUGACAGAAGCUAGGAGAAACCUUGGACUCUUUCAGCAUCAUGAUGCCAUUACAGGAACAUCUAAAGAUUGGGUAGUUGUGGAUUAUGGCACUAGGCUUUUCCAUUCAGUAAUGAACUUGAAGAAAGUAAUAAUUGACUCUGCUCAUAUUCUUAUCCUAAAAGAUAAAAGUGCUUAUAAUUAUGACACAAGAACACCUUUCCUGAAAAUGGAUGAUGUUCAGUCUUCCCAAGAUUUUUUGCCACACAAGACAGUUAUAAAGCUGACAUCGCAACCGAGGUAUCUUCACCAGGAGAAGAUCGUGUAUAUUGUACAGAAACGCUUUGCUGAAGGGAAAGGUUUGGAAGGCCAGUCUCUUGAAGUUUCCAAUAUUGUGGACAUUAGAGGAGAAUAUAAUCGUGAGCUUGCAAUGAGAAUUUCAUCUGACAUAAACAGUCAAAAUAGAUUCUAUACUGAUCUUAAUGGAUAUCAGAUCCAACCCAGACUGACACUGAGUAAAUUGCCUCUUCAAGCAAAUAUCUAUCCUAUGACUACAAUGGCUUAUAUCCAAGAUGCUGGCUUUCGUUUGACACUUCAUUCAGCACAGUCUUUAGGUGUUGCAAGUUUGAAAAAUGGUAAGUAUAAGGUAGGUAUUGAGCCAUCUGAUGAAGCUGCUCUGAUUCUUCACAGAAAAGGAUUUGACUGUAGAUUUUCAAACAGAGACAUGGGUCUGCUCUGUUCCACUACUCAGGGAAAGGUAGGUAUUGAGCCAUCUGAUGAAGCUGCUCUGAUUCUUCACAGAAAAGGAUUUGACUGUAGAUUUUCAAACAGAGACAUGGGUCUGCUCUGUUCCACUACUCAGGGAAAGGUAGGUAUUGAGCCAUCUGAUGAAGCUGCUCUGAUUCUUCACAGAAAAGGAUUUGACUGUAGAUUUUCAAACAGAGACAUGGGUCUGCUCUGUUCCACUACUCAGGGAAAGAUAAAGGUGCAUAAAGCCUUCAACAAAUUCAGAGUGGAAAGUCUUACACCUGCAUCUUUAUCUUUGAUGCAUUCACCUCCAGAUGCCAGAAAUAUAAGUGAAAUAAAUAUGAGUUCUAUGGAGAUAAAUACAUUUCGGAUUCGGCUGAGAUGAAGUCUGGCUUUAAUACUCAGAUAGAGAAGAGGAAUCUGCAAUUAUAUCUCCUCUAAGUUUCACGUGCAAUAAGAAGCGCAUUAUUAUUAUUCCAGCUUCUGGAUACUGUGAGUAAAGCAUGCAUUCUGUAUUUUUUUGACCAACACAGUGAAAAGCCAUGUUGCAAGCAACUUUUUUUGUGGUGUUUUGUUUUAGGAUGGUUUUGGGUUUUGGGGUUUUUUUUUUUCAUGAAAUGGCAAGAUCAGUAUAAGUUAAUGCAGAAAGUAAAGAAAUUUCUAAGGAUGUUAACCUCUCAACAGAUAAAAUCUCAGGUUAAAUGCUACCUAAUGAUGUUUCUGGUGUUCAAAUUUUCAUAAAGACAAUUUGGAUUUUAAACAGCUUUCUUUGCGGAUUCUUGAUGAAUUUGUGUACAAAUAAUUUAGUGUAGAAAGUCCUGAUGAAGAUUGGAAACAAAAUGGAAAUCAAUGUUCUUGUGUAGUAGCUAAUGUCCAAAUAUUUACAAUCAUUUCUAUAAAUGACAAUAAUAUCAAUUUAUUCCACAAUUAACUUAAAUUUAUUCAGCACAAAGGGGAUUCUUAAUUGUGGUAAAAUAAAAGCCUGCAGUACUGGUGAUAAGUGAUGGCAGAUUUUAAUACUUCUGCCACUCACCUGAGUCAUGUAAGUAUGAAAAAAAGAACCUACAGUAUAAUUUUGCAGUGGAAAAGUUUAGUAAAACUCCCAUUUUGUUACUUGACACACUGGGAUAUGUGCAAUUAUUCCAUUAUCAUGUAUGACGAGAAAUGUCCAUAAUUAUCAUGCACACGAGAUUUUUAAUAAAACUCAUUUAGAUAUUGAUGUUCUCUGAAAUGAGUUUUCUAUUUCAAGAUUACCAUAUCAAGAUAAAUGUGCCUUAUUUUUUGAUACGUCUUGUUACAAUUUUGGUGUCUGUGUUCAAGUUUUGGGGGGAAAGGUAGUUUAUAUAAUACUUAGCUGUCUAUCUCCUGUUUGACAAUGCUGGCCACACUCUGAUCUAUGUCCCCCUGCACCGAGUUUGUGCUAUGUUAUUCUAAACAGAUUGACUAUUUGAAUGUAUUACAUAACAUGAAACACAGACAAAAAAAAGAAUUACUGUAAAAGUUCAGCUGCUUUCAAGGAGAUUGCAACUUGAUGCAGAGUUGAUAGUAAGCAAGAUAGUUUGCAAGCCCAUCAAAAGCUGUGCUUGCAUGUCAUGAACUGUGGUGACCCGUUAAUUCAGAAUCACGUGCCUAUAUUUUAAACAUUUUUGAAACAUGCAACCUCAUUUACAUUGCCAGUGUUCAUAUUACUGAAGAUGUCUUACUUUUUGCUUUGUUUUCACAUAUUAAGUAAUAUUUAGUUCUGAAGUCAUUCAAGUGUGAAAAAUACUUCUCUACAUAGAGCUGCUGCUUACACUUGGUAUAUAUAAACAAGUACUUGAGCACGAUCCCAUUUCCCCGUCUUCAUUCAUCUCCAUAACGCUUCCUUCUGUCUCCUGCUAGUGCAUUACUUUUCCAUACAUCAUUGCUUAUCUUUAAUACUGUUGCUUAUCUUUAAUACUAAUGCAUGCAAAGUCAUCCUACCUGGUAAAAAGAUGUGCUGUUUUCUAACACUAAUAUUGGAUACUAUGUUUAAUUUCAUCAGUUUUGUUCUACAGUGUAUCAAAUCAUAUCAUGUAGCUACAGGCUGUCUUACAAGAAACUGGAAAUGAAACUUGGAUUUCAAGCAGGUUGGGUCUCUUGAGAUUUAGAUUUCCCUACUUAAUUCAAUCUAUUGUGUGUUUUGUUUUUAAUGGAAUACUUAGUAGGAUCAAGUGCAAGUUAUAUCAAAAAUAUAGGAACCACUAACCACAAAUGGAAGAGUCAAAUGGAUCCAAUAAAUGGAUGUUUUCAUGCAAUAAACAUGUACUGUAACUUUUCGUAGCUGUAGUAUUUGAAAAUCCUAUUUUUGUUUGGAACUCAAAGAUUGGUAGACUUGCCAGCAGAAAUUUCUCAUAAUGUGUAUUUUGUUACAUCUUCAGAAUUAAAAUGCUUCAGAGACUUCUAUGUAUUCUGUGCAAGAGAGCUUUCAAAAUACUGUUGCAGUUUUGUUGGGCAGAAAAGUGAAAUUUGAUGCAAUAAAGUUUUAAAGUAUUUUGCCUGUUGGAAAAGAUGUUUUGUAUAGCAUUCAAUCUUUUCUUUUGUCAUAAGCUGUACAAUCAUGAUGCCUGAAUCUUCCUUAACCAGCAGAUCUACUUGUCUCUUUUAUUUUGCAUUUUUUUGUGUAAUGGCAGAACAGCUGGGAUUUGGGAUCCUUUCCUGAAAUCCCUAAGUCAAAACUCCGGUCAAAGGGUGGUAAUAAAUUUUGCUUUAAUUUGUUCAGAAUGUGGCUGUAAAUGGUUUUGUUGGUUUUUUCCCAAACAACUCUUAGUGAAUCCUUAUCAUGUAUUUUUGUUAUAUUCAAUCUUUCAAUUAAGUUCUUGUUUAUUCUGCGCAUUGGCGAUCUAUUUAAUCGUAUUAUUUUCUUUUUCUUUUUUUCUAUAGCUGUUGGGUUUAUAACUACUGGUUAAGAGAACCAAGCAUCCUUACCUUCCAGUAUGGUUUUAAAGACACUGCUGUGUAAGAAAUGGUUUAAAACCAUGUGAUUACUUUCCAUACCGGAGUUAUACCUGUAAUGAUUUCUUUUUCAUUCUUUUAUCUUAAAUGUCUUUGGUUUACUUGCUCAUAUUGUCUGAAACAAACUGAUUUCAACUGAAAUUUUUUGAUAUUUUCUCUUGGAAGGUUUUAUAUCUUAUGGGGAUAUGUAAAAUAAGA